ACUUUCAUUUUCUAAUGUAUGUAACUAUGUUAGAUUUCCUUUUUAUUCUAUUUAGUAUUAGAGGGUGACGAUAAAUCAUUUUAUCUGACCAAUGACCUAGAAACCUUUAAAUUCUUCAGCCUUUUUCCAAAACCUGAUUAACUUCGGAACCGGUAGUGCGGCUUUGAGAUUUUAAAAGUGAAUUCGGUGCGGCCCACAACUGUUUUAGUUAGAAAAUAUGAACGGAAGAAUAUUCUGUGGUGUUGAGGGCGGUGCAUCCGUUUCCCAAAUGGUAUUGGUAUCGGAGAAAGGGGAUAUUUUACUUAAACUAACAGGCCCAGCUUGUAACUACUUGCUUUCAGGAAUUGAAGAAUGUCAAAUGAGACUUGCAGACAUGAUUGAAAAAGCCAAAGAAGAUGCUGGAAUAAAGAGAGAAAAAGUUUUAGAUGGAUUGGGUCUAUGCAUGAGUGGUUGUGAAGAGGAGGACGCAAAUCGAGAAUUUGAAAGAAUUUUUGUGAGAAAACAUCCAGACAUGAUAAAAAGCUGCCAUGUUGCAAGUGACACAGUUGGUCCUGUAUAUACAGCAGGUCUUAAAGGUGGCAUAGUUCUAAUCGCAGGAACUGGAUCUAAUUCCUUGUUGCUCAAUCCUGAUGGGACCUCUGCCCGUUGUGGUGGGUGGGGACAUUUACUGGGCGAUGAAGCUUCUGCUAUGUGGAUUUCCCAAAAAGCUGUCAAAACUGUCUUUGAUGAUGAAGAUAAUUUAGUGAAAUGCCCGUAUGAUACAUCUAAAGUCAAGGAACUCAUGCUCCAACAUUUCAAAGUUGUAGAUAAAUUUGGAAUAUUGGAGCACUGUUAUACAAAUUUUAAUAAAACUAGUUUCGCAGGCCUUUGUGCUAAAUUAGCAGAAGCUGCGAAGACAGAAAAAGACCCGCUCUGUUGCCAUUUGUUUUAUGAAGCUGGGAAAGUUCUAGGACAAAUGGUUGUGGCUUUAAAGCCCAAAGUGCACAAAGAUUUGUUGGAGCUUGAAACCGGUUUGCCCGUUAUUUGUGUUGGUUCAGUUUUCAAAAGUUGGUGUUUGCUUGAGAAAGGUUUUGUAGAAGCAAUUCAAGGACAUUAUGAGAAGUGUACGCUUAUGACAUUGACAUGUUCCUCUGCCGUUGGAGCUGCCUAUCUUGGAGCUAAAGCCACAAAUUUCGAGCUUCCAAUUGAUUAUACUAAAAAUACAUCUAUUCUUUUCACUUACAAAUCCUGUAAAUAACUUGCAUUGCUGCAUUUGUGAAGAGGAAUAUUUUUUACAUACUUAUUCAACAGAGGAAUUCUUUUUAUUUAAGUUAUGAUCUCUUUUUUAAUGAUUUUUACAGCUCCUGUAUAUUGGAUAAUAAUUUAAUAUUGGGUUCAAAGUUAUUAUCAGAAUGCUCUGUUACAUCGAAAAUAUAUUAUCUGAUAUUUCUAUAUCUGGAAUAACUUUUUAUUUAAUGUUAAAAUGUUUUUAAAUUGAGGUUAUUGGAAGCCUUUCUCAAAUUCUUUAUUGUUGUAUUAUUUAUAUGAAAUAAGUAUAUUUUAUCGUUAUUUAAAUUUCAAGGAUAUGGUAUUGUUUCAAGUCACAUUGGGAUAGUGAUAUUAAAGAAUAAGGAUGUAUUAAAUGUCAUUCUUAGAGAGGAAACACAAUAGUAAUGUGAAAAGGAUAGUACUAUUUUUGAAGUGAAAUAUGAUAAAGGGAAAAUCCCACAAGCUGGACAUUAAUUUAAUAUUGUAAUAUUAUUAUUAUUAUUAAUAAUUAAGGGGAUGGAAAUAUCAUAUUUGGGUGCCCCUUAUCUCAUUAUGCCAUUCUUCUGUUGCCUUAUAUCAAGUGUUUUAACGUAUUUUGGAAAGGAGUUAUUAACUUGACUAAUGAGUUAUUACUUUUUCUUACACCUGAUUUUCAAAUACUUUUGCUCUUAAAAGUAAUAUAUAUAUAUAUAUAUUUGUGAACUGCAAUUUAAAUUGGCAAGUAAUUUUUAGCUUUGUUGAAUGUAACAAAAAAAAAAAGUUAUUUUUUGAGAAUUAUCAUUGGCAUGCUGUACCUCCUCACGAAAAUCGAUCAAAUUAAUCACAAACAAAAUAUUUUUAGGGCAUCUAGGCCCUAUUUUGAAUGAUUAAAUUCGCAUUCUAAUUUAUUCCUAUGUAUUAAAGACAUGAGAAUGUCUUUAAUAUUAUAUUCAAGUUAAUUUUGUUUUUAAAUGAAGGUUUUCAUUUAAAGAUUAACUGAUAUUUAAUCUUAACGGCUGUUCCACCAUCGAAUCAGACUAUAAUCACUAAAAAAAAUCAAUGUGCACACUUCCAAAUAGGAAAAUCUGAUACAGGUCAAAGUGCAAUUUAGAUAUAAAGGGUAAGAAAUACAAGUAUUUAAUUGUUAGAUACGUAAUAUCUAAUGUAACCAAAUAAACGUGAGAUUUUAUUCAUUCAUAACAUAUAUAAAAUUUCGCAUCAAAUUAAAAAUAAUAAUUUGUGAGAAAUGAGUAUUUUAUUAUUGAGAAUUGAACCCUUUGUUUUAAGAUUAUAUUAUAUAUUUUAUAUAUAUUAUUAUGAAGACAUACGAAUCUGUGAUUUUGAGAUACUUUGCUUUUAAACAAGAAUAAAAUAUCUCAAACUAUAGAAAGUACAAUAAAAAAAUAUAGUAUUAUGUAAUGAAUAAU